AUGGCGGGCGGUGGGCCGCGCGCCAAAGAGGCCGUGCGCCAGGACUGGACCUGCAAGACCUGCGUCAGCAAGCGCGGGCGUGCGGUGGUCAACUGGGGGACGGCGCUCAAGUGCCAGGCGUGCAGGCUGCCCAAGCACGCGUGCUUCGGGGCGAAUGUGCCACUGCCCCUGCCUGGCAAGGCGACGAGGCAGCCUGCGGCGGAGAGCGGCAAGGCCCCGCCAUGGGCUGGAGGCCCCCCGCUCGCGGUGCAGCUGGCGCAGGCGCAAUGGGAGCUCCAGGAGCUCAGGAAUCAGCUCAAGGGCGGCAGCGGCGCUGGCGGCGGGGGUCCGCAGCUCGCGGGGGCCCAGGACAUGGUGGUCGACGACGGCGCCGCCGCCAGCGCGGACGACGCGGCCCUGGCCGCAGAGAUCAACGAGUGCGAGGCGGGCCUCCAGGCGCUCAAGGAUGUGGCAGCGGACUGGGCCAAGACGCCGCGCGACGAGCUGCGCGCCAGGACGCACGCCAUCGCCAACAAGGCCAAGCAGUGCGCCGAGCGGAUGGACAAGGCGGACGGCGCGAUGCGCAAGGCCAAGGCGGCACUUCAGAGGGCGCAGGAGGCGCUGCACACGGAGCAGGCCCAUGCCGAGCUCCUCGCGCUGCAGGCGGCGCUGCAGCCGGAGCUGGCUGCGCUCCACCAGCAGGCCCCGCAGGUGCCGCCUCCCCGAGCGGCUGGCCAGGCCACGGCGUCGGAUGUCAUCGGCGGGCCUGGCAUAGCGGUCGGGGAGUUGGAGGCCAUCAUGCGGGCGCAACUGGCCGAGCACCCUGGCGACGAGCAGCCUGUCCCAGCAGAGGCGCGGAAGCGGAUGGCAGGCGCGCUGGGCGAGCGGCUCGCCGAGCUCCAGCGGCGCGCGGGGCCCGCCGCCGAGGCGGCCGCGGGCGAGGGGCACGGGGCCGCGGACGGCAGAGCGGGCGGCGGCCCUUCGCCCGCCGCCGCCGCCCAGCAGUCGGCAGCUGCGACUGCUGGCGCGGAGGAUGCGAGGCCGCGGCAGCCCCGCCAGGAGUCCCUGGAGCAGCUCCAGCUGCACCUGCAGAAGAUCGGACUGGAGCACAAGGGCGACGAGGAGGCUGUGCGAGCCCGCUGCGCCGCGUUGGCUCGCGGCGGCCCCCAGCCUCAUCACGGCGCCGCUGGUCCUCAGCGCGUGGUUCCCGACCAUGGCGAGGGGCAUCCUCGUCGCAUGAUUGUCGCGGCGGGUGUUUCCAUGGCGCCGUGCUUUAAGGGGUUGCGCCAGCACUCCGACGCCGCGGUGCUGCUGGUCCAGGAGCACAACGCCAAGGACCACGACAGGCUGGCCACCUUGCAGCACGCCACGCUGGACCACGGCGACGCGGGCGCGCGGGCCGCGGCCGCCGCGGCCGCCCGCGGGAGCGACGUCGCCUCUGGCGGGGCGGCGGCCUGGGCGCGGACCCACGUCGUCGUCGCCGACCCUCCGUUCCUGGACAUCCCUGUCCUGGCUGAGGCGCGCCCAGUGGCGGCCCACGUGCGCUGGGGCGUUGCAGGGGGCCCGGUCGCGAUCUCGGCGUACUUGCGCGAGGGCGUCGGCUGGAACGAGAAGAACCAGCGGCUCGGGAUGAUCCUCGUGCGCUGCCUGGCCAGGCUCAACGCGGCGGGGCUGGACUGGGUGGUGGGCGGCGACUUCAACAUGUCGGCGGAGACAUUCCCCAUGCAGCUGGUCCACGACGUGAGAGGACUGCGGGCGGCGCCCGACACGGCUACCUGCAGGCCGCGGGCCAGUGCGUGGUCCACCAUCGGCUACUUCCUGUGCGCAGCCAACCUGGCGCCGCGGCCGGGCAAGCCGCAGGUGCUCGAGGUGGGCACGCAGCACCGCCUCUCCCUGCGGCGGUCACGGCGCAGCGCCGCGCAGCUGCCUGUGGCCUGGGACGCGGUGGUUGAGGCCAUUGACCAAGAGCUGCUGGGCGGCCGCAACCACGCGGGGGCGGGCAGGGCCAAGUACGUCGGGAGGCGGGCUCGCCACGCGAUGGGGGUCGGGGCGCAUGUCGCCAAUGCGCUCCGUCAACUCCACGGGGCCGGCUUGCUGUGCACAAUCGACGCCAGACAGCACGACAAGUUGGCGGCGUUCCUGCUCGAGGCGGGCGCCUACAUGCGGAAGAUCGCAGUGCAGCACCGCGGCAUCGCCCUGCUGCCGCACUGGAUUCAGGCUGCCCGCGUAGUGGAGCAAGCCAGCGGCCAGCACGAGGAGGCGCUCAAGCGGCAGCAGCAGGCCUGGGCGAAGUGGGCGGACGACGCCUUCAGCCGCGGUGCGGGCCAGGCACACCGUGGAUCCAAGGUGAGGGACUUGCAGGAGGUCGUCUCCGUCUGGCACGGCGAGCAGCAGCCGAUGAGCAGGCCAGUGGACAUCGGCGAGUGGGAGCCUUUGCCCGAGCUCACGGUUGAGCAGCUGAGGCAGGCGGCACACUCCUUUCCCUGCAGCACCGCCAUCGCGCCCGCCAAGAUCGGCAUGCAGGUGGUGGUCGCGGGCGCGCGCAGAGGCGUCCAGGGGCUGGCUGCGGCAGCACCCCAGCGCAGCGUGGACAUCUGGGGGCUCGGCGCUGGCAGGUCAUCCUCUGAAGCGGCGUUCGCCUUGAACCUGGAGACGGAGGUCGCGGUCAACCUCCAGGAACAGGUGAUCACGGUCCCCAUGGACGCCCGAAAGUUCUUCGAGACCGUGGUCCCUGCUGCCCUGCCCCAGGAGGCUCGACAGCCGCGCAUGCCGCUGCCCCUCGCCCGGCUUCUCCUCGAGCUGUGCCGCCAGCCGGUGAGGCUGCAGGCGUUCGGAUCUGUCUCCUACGAUGUGGUCUCGGCGCCGGUGGACGACGUCACACUGCAGCGGGUCGGCGAGGCGGCCUGCAACAACCAGCCGCUGUGGGCCGCCGUCACCCACUCCGGUGAGCGGCACGCGGGCUCGAGGGGCUUGCAGCGGCUGCGCUGGGCGCGGAACCUGGACCGCGAUCCCGGAGGCCGCGGGACCGAGCGGCGGCAGACCAAGCUCCGCCCGCAGGCGCUGGCGCGGCGCCGCGGGCGGCUGGCUGCGCCGAAGCGCGCAGCAGGCCGCCAGGCGGCCUUCCUGCGGCGCACGGCGCUGCUCCCCAGCGCGGGCCACGGAGCGGGGGCCACAGGGAUCAUGGGCGACGAGUUGCGGCGACCGUGGGCGGAGGCCAAUCGGCUUGCGGGCGCGCGCCCAGCGACGAUGGCGCGCGUGGCCAAGUAUGCGAGCUGGAUCUGGGAGCAGCGCACCUCCCCGGGACGGCCUCUGCGGGCGCGGGCCAUCAUCAUGGAGAAGAUGAUUGAGCGACCGUCGCGGGCGUCGGCCAGGGGAUCGAUUUCUUCCACGACUCUCACGCUAUGGAGGAUCGGCUGGCGCACGUGGUCCAGCACGGCACUGGUCGCGGACGAGGAGCAGCAUGUCCAAUUACUCACGACAUCGCCGUCGGACCUCAAGGCCUUCCUGUUCGCGGGGGUGGGCCGUUGGCAGGGCCGACGGAUCAUGGGGCAUUUCGCGGAGAUGCAGCCGCUAGGGCCGCUCUGGCUCCGAGCGCUGCGCCUCUGCGCUGGCAUCAAGGGCGCGGUGCGCCUCGCGGACUCGGCGACGCGCCUGGCCUGUGGCGAGGAGGACGACACCCCUGGACACAGGCACUACGGGUGCGAGGCUCUGCUCCUGGCGCAGCACGGCGAAGAGGAGCAGUCCGUCUUGCCAGGGAGGCCCCAGGAGGUCUGGGCGAGCAUGCGCGACGAGGGCUCGCAGCUGGGGCAGAGGCUUCGAGCGCGAGGCUGCGGGGCGACUGGCUGGGGCGAGCGGCGCGGGGACAUCGCGCUCACAGACGGCUCUGGGCUCGCCAGCAGCAUGCCCGAGCUGAGGCGCCGCGGGUGGCCGCUGGCGCAGUUGGGGGCCAAUGCUGCCCCAGUGCGCGCGGCCUUCGGGGCGCUGCCUGGCCCGCUCCAGACCGCGGGGCGCGCCGAGCGGGGCGCGCUCCUGCGGGCAGCGCAGCUCCUCGUGUCGCAGGUGAAGUUCGUCGCCGCGAACCUGCUGGCGCUGGCGCGAGAGGCGGGCUCCCAGGGCGAGGGGCUCGAGCAGGCGGGCGCCGCGCACACCGCGGCGCGGAGGCGCCUGCGCCGCCGGCCAACUCGCCCCAACGCGUUCUGGAUCCCAGCCCACAAGGACGUCCAGGGCCACCUGGAGUUGGGGGCGAGGCAGCACGCUGUGGCCCAGGUCUACGUGGACGUCUGCGGGAUCGAGGCGCAACACCAUAAGGAGGUUGCGGCCUGCAUCGGGUGGGCCACGCAGCGCUGCCUCCAGCUCGGCGAGCGGCAGCAGCCACCUGCAGGACCAGCUCCACGCGCGACGGCGGUGGAGCACGCGUUGGUCGACGUGGGUGGCCGCCGCGGGCUGCUAGGCAGGGGGCGCGGCCGGCGCUCACGGGCGCGGCCUGGCGCGGCGCUGCAACAGCCCCUCAGGGCGGCAUGCGAGCCGUCGAGGCUGGCGCGCAUCAAGUCAGGAGCCGAGAUCCUCCACCUCGGGGCCCGGGCGCGGCCUGGCGCGGAGGCGGGGGCUCGGGCGGUCGCGGCGCCGCGGGAGGCCGAGGGCGACGGGGGCGACCCGCCGCUUGAGAGCGGCAGACCGUGGCACGACACCGAGGAGGAUGUGCUGGCUCAUGAGGACCAUCGGCUGCGGCGUGCCGGACCCGCAGUCUUCUGCGAGGUAUGCGCGGCAUGGAUGCAGACGCGCGCUGGUCGUGGUCUGCAGCGCCCCUGCCAGGGCCCGCCGCGGAACAGGGCUCACUGCGCCCGCACUUAUGUCUCCAACCUGGGCGCCAGGCGGGACAAGCUGUUGAGGUCGCUGGAUACCAAAGCUGGCAGGCCGUUCGGGGGCGCAGGCGGCCCCGGGGCGCGUCGACCGACGGCGGGCCUCAGCGAGGUGGGCUGCAGACUCGCGGGCGUCUACCGCGCGGCGGCUAGCAGGCUGCUGGCGGCGGCAGCCGCGCGCGUGGCCAGCCAGCCCAGUGCCAGCGGCAGCGCGGCGCAGGCACGGACGGCGGGGGCUGCAGGUCGAUCCACGGGGGAGAUCGGCACAACCUCGCGCGAACCGCUGAUCGCAAAGCGGCUCUCGCCAAACCCCCCGCCGUCACGGAGCAUCAACGGGCCGCUGGAGCUGGGCGGCAUCGCGGGGGCCGGGGACGCGGCUGAGCAACGCGGGGGCGCGGGUGUGCUGGAGGCGAUGUCUAGCGCCGGGCACCCGCCGCCACAGGCGCCGCCUCGGCCGCCAGCCUCGGGGCACGCGUGCGAGGCCAGCAGGCUGCUGGCGGCGGCAGCCGCGCGCGCGGCAGCCGCGCGCAGCAGCGGAGCGGCCUCGCGGCCUCGGCCCGCGGCGCGCUUCGCCAUCUGCAGCCGCAGGCCCGCAGAGGUGGUGGCCAAAAGGCAACCCAGGGAGCCGCUGCCGCGGGGUCCUCCCAGGCCCACUGCCACGGCGUGCAGGCUCGCGAGGUGGGCGCGCUGGUGGAUUGCGGCCACCCUCACGGAGGCGCAGCUGGCGGACGACUGGCGACUGCACUGCGUGCCGUACGUCGAGGCCGCCCUGGGCCAGCCGCGGCGGCGUGCGCUCGCGCGCGUCAUGGGUCGCACCGCAAAGCAGCUGGCCCGCGACAUGUGCGACAGGGCAUGGGCGCGCGGCGGGGUCGACCGCAGGGCGUUCAUGCGGUACCGCCGCGGCCUGUCGUUCUCCCAGGCGUGGAUCGCCGACUCCAUGCGGAGGCACGAGACGGAGGCCCUCCGUCGGUGGCUGGCCGACCCUGGGCGACCUCCUGGCGCGCCAAGGGUUGGCUGGGCGCCUGGCGAGCGCAGGCGGCCACGGGCGCAGGGCGCUGGCGUGGCCGCCGUGGGCUCGGGCUCCAGCGGCCAGCGGGACGGCGACCCUGCGGGGGAGGCGGCCGCUGGCCAGCCUCGCGCCGCUGGCGCAGCGGCGAGGCCGCCCACGGGCGCGGAGGUGCCCAGCAGCAAGGAGGAGGCGGCUGGGUUCAUCCCGCAGGGUUCGCCGCCACAGCCGAGCCCCUCGCCCCCGCUCAGCGGCGAGGAGGGCUAG